UGAUCCAAAGCUUUUGUGGCCCCACAAUGUUUCGAAUGGCGGAUGUUCAAUCCCCACUGUUUCUUGUGGCGUGGUCCACCUGAUUUUCUGAUCUGUCUAAGGUUUGGAAUUCCAUCCUAUUUUGAUCUUGAGAAACUGAUGGACGGAGUGGAUUUCUCACGGACAUCUACGUGGGUCCCAGAUAGCUUCCGACGGCGGAGGGCACAGGCAAUUGGCGUCCGUGCCGAGCUCAGGACAGGCCCUCGUACCCAAUCGAGAGACGAAACCAAGGAAGCUUCACCUCUUCUCCCUCUCCCGACACCUCCUUUCUCCGAUUAACCCAAACCACGCCAGGGAUGUAGGUUUACAGCCAGAGGGAAAAAAAAAAAAAAAAGCUGGGAAAGAUGUACGGAAAUUCGGGAAAGUACGGAAGGGGCGGUGGAGGUGGUGGCCGAGGAGGAGCACCGAAGCGUGGGCUCCACACUCCUCUCCCUCCGCCUCCGGCCCCUCACCGCCCUUCGGGCUGCCCUCGCCCGAUCGGCAACCGCCACGGCGGGCCUGGACCCCGCCCCGCCCCGCCCGCGCCCGAGGAGACCUUCAGCCUCGUCUCGUCCGAUCCCCUCGCCUUCGGCAUGAUCAUCCGUCUCACGCCCGACCUCGUUGAAGAGAUCCGGCGCGUCGAGGCCCAGGGCGGCACCGCCCGCAUCAAGUUCGAUUCCAAUCCCAACAACUCUUCCGGGAACGUUAUUGAAGUUGGUGGCAAGGACUUCAGAUUUACAUGGUCACGUGAAAUGGGUGACUGCGAUAUUUAUGAGGAACGUCGAAGUGGAGAGGACGGGAAUGGUUUGCUUGUUGAAUCAGGAUCUGCGUGGCGCAAGCUAAAUGUACAACGCAUUUUGGAUGAAUCUACCAAGAACCAUGUGAAAAUGAGAUCGGAGGAGGCUGAGCGCCAACUUAAAUCUCGAAAAGCCAUUGUGUUAGACCCUGCAAAUCCAUCUGUGAAGAAUCAAGCAAAAACAAUGGCUGCAGCUGCAGUUGAAUCCAACAUGAGGAGGAUGCCUUUCAAACCAAAGAAAGAACCUGCAUUUAAAAAGCGUAAAGUCGAGGCAAGUCAAGUUCCGAUUGCAGGUCCACCUAAAUCGGUUUUCAAAUCGGGGAUAUCUUCAACUACUCCUGCCAAGAGUAGACUCUCUGUUUCACCCCUACCAUCUCCACCUGAGCAACCUGUUGCUUCAGCCUCUCCCUUUGGAGUUGGAAAUCUUUCAAGGAUCCAAACAGCUGUAGAAGAAGUUAAUGCUCCCAAAGUGACAAAUAGAGAGGAUGCUGCCAACCCUGAGAAAGAAGUACCCAGCAGUGCCGUUCAUGCAGCAGCAGGUGAAGUGUCAAGGAACAAAAAGAGCGGUGCUACACCAAUGGAUUUGCGAAACACCUUAAUCACUCUACUCAUGCGGAACCCCAAAGGGAUGAGCCUAAAGGCCUUGGAGAAAGCAGUUGGGGACACGAAUCCCAACUCUGGAUGGAAGAUCGAGACGAUUAUAAAAAAAAUUGCAACUUUCCAAGCUCCGGGAAGGUAUUUCUUGAAUCAAGGAGUGGAAAUGGAAAGCUUCAAGAAACCUUCGUCUGAAAGUGGAAGUUCUCCUGAGUGCACGGGCGACCAAACCCCUGUUGCUGAAUCAACCUUUUUAGAAAAACACACAGUUGAAGAAUUUGAGCAGCAGACUCAGCUGAACUCAAACGUAGGAGAAGAAUCAAAUGUCAUCGAAAAGAUUGAUACACAGCGAAGUUCUCCUGAUCACUUCGCCAGUGACAAGAAGGUCAGCAAUAAUGGUGAAGGAAAGGUGGGCAGCUCUAGUGAAAGCGGAAGUGAAAGUGACAGCGAUAGUGACAGCAGCGACAGUGGAAGUGACAGUGAAAGCCAAAGCAGAAGCAGAAGCAGAAGCAAAAGCAGGAGCCCUGCAGGAAGUGGAAGUGCAAGCAGCAGUGACAGUGAGAGCGAUGGUUCCUCCAGCAGCAAGGAGGGGUCUGAUGUCGACGUGGAUAUUAUGACAAGUGAUGAUGAAAAAGAAGAAGCUGAGAAUAAACUGCAAGCCCCUGAAUCAAAGCUAUCUACCUUGCCAAGCGCAUGGAGAAGUGGGGAUGGGCACGAUCAAAAUGGCAAUGACAAAAACAGGCAAGAUGGUCAAGUUCUGUCUUCUGCUUUGGAUUUGAAUGAUGUUGAAAAAUAUGAUGAUAUGUCUGAUGCAGUUGAUAUUGAUGACCUACCCAUUGAUAACAAUAUCAAAGCUUAUCAAAAUCAUGAAACUGAAGUGGAUGAGAGUUCUGAUUGGGUCCCGCAAGUGACAAACAACAGAUCUUCAGAAGAGGGAGCCUUUUCUCCGGAACGGUACAAGCAAUCUGAUACCCAGCGGGUUUCACUUGUUGGGAAUUUUGUCAAUGAUGCGAGUGACCAGACCAUGAAGCAGAAGGCCAAUGGAAAGCAAACCUCGGGAAAGGAUAGCGUGGGCCAUGAGCAGCCUGACAACAGUGCAAGAAUUUCGAAAUCAAAAUCUAAGAGAGCUUCUGAUCCAAACCGCUUUCAGGAGAAACCAGAAAGUGCUAAAAGGUUAAGGGCGAAAAGCUUGGCUCCUGACCCAUACAGGGAAAAUUCCAUGCAGAUGUCUGACAAAUUUAAAAGAGACGGAAAUGCAGAUUCCGACCCACAAAAAGGAUAUGGACUGGCAGUACCUGGAAGGUCUUCAGCAUAUGAAAAUGCACACAGAACUCAGAUGGGUUCUGAUUUUAUGAAUGCUUCAGUCUCAGACACUCAGCAAUCAACUCAAAAGAGUGGUGAUUAUAAUGCAAGGGGAAAGGCUCCAGAUGUUGCAGAGAGAUCCGGCAAAUAUGUUGAGAACUUGGGCAAAGGUAGUAAAUAUUCGGAAAGGUUUUCUGCUUUACCUGAUGAAUCAGACGAGUCUGCUUUGAAAAACAUCCAUUCACAAGACAAAAUUCCUAUGCCCAAAGACAAACUGCAUAAAGACAGGCAAGACGAAGAUGGCGAUGUGUAUGAGAAAUCUUUUGUGAGAAAUGUUAGAGAAAGUGCUGUUGGGGACAAACUCUCAGUGCUCUCUGAUUCACAUUACAGGAAAUCUGGGGAACAAAGUGGUAAAUACAAGGACGGUGGACAGAUAGCACGCCUACACAUGGCCUCUUUGCAUAAGGAUUAUGGUAAACCUGAUACAGAUAAAGGAAGCAUGCUGAGAAGGGAGCCUUCGGAAUUGGAGUUGGGUGAAUUUCGUGAGCCAGCCUCUGAGGAAACACAGGGGACCAAGAGGCAAUUCGAGAAAAAAAAUUCUUUCAAAUCAGUGGAGAAUAAGCCAAACAGUUCAGAUAUUCUGCAUUCUGAUUUGGGUAAAGGAAGACCUGUUGGAAAGGCAAUUCAAGAGUCAAAAAAGCAGUCACCACUUCAGAGUAACCAAGACGGGUUGUUUAGGAAGAGGGUGCCAGAAGAUGAUCUUGAAGAUUCUGCAAGACCUCAGCAAAGAACUGCGACAGCCCAGAUCCAACAAUUUCCAAGAAUAGAUCGUGCGGGUCCUGAAGCUGGGCCUCAGUUGGAUAGAAUGGCUGACAUUGCCACUAAAGCAAGAAAGAAUGAGGCAAGAGCAAAUCAAGGGACUGGUCUGGAAAGCCAUGCAAGCACUCAGAGAAAGGUGUCCACCAGCUUACUACAACAGCAUGAUCCUAAAAAUGGUGUUCAAAUGGGGAGUUCCAAUGCCGCCAAAGAAACUAAACCACAGAGAUCUAAUCCAGUGGCAGAUUCAGGUGAUAGAAGGAAGGAUAGUUUUUGUCUGGAGAACACUAGUGGUAGAAAAAGGAGGGAAUCUUCUUCAGAUGAAGAUAAUUCGUUUUACUCAAAGUAUGACAAAGAUGAGCCUGAGCUGAAGGGUGCAAUAAAAGAUUACAUGCAAUAUAAAGAAUAUGUGCAAGAAUAUCGCGAGAAGUAUGAUCAUUACUGCUCCUUGAACAAGAGCCUAGAGAACUACCGGAAUGACUUCCAUAAACUGGGCUGUGACCUUGAACAUGCAAAAGUCAGAGAUAUGGAUGUAUAUCAUAACAUCUUGGAACAGUUAAAGGACACUUAUCGCCAAUGUGGGACAAAACAUAAAUGGAUGAAGAAGAUAUUUGUCGUGCUUCAUGAAGAAUUGAAGCAACUCAAGCAGAGAAUAAAGGAUUAUGUACUAACAUAUUCAAAAGAUUGAAGAUUUUGGAUCAAUCCAGAUCCUACGAUGUUGAAAUUUUGCAAUUUCCUUCACCACUAUUUACAAUGCACAUCACAUCUUAGGCAAUCGCCAAGCCUAGAUUGAGAUUCUGAGAUGAUAAUGUGCACAUCUCCAGUGCCUUGUUUCAUGCAAUUCCACAACACGAUUUCCUAUAAUACAAAUGUGUGUGUGAGAUGGUCUAGAAAAAAGCUGGUGAGGUGACCAUCGUAAACUGGGAUCAUUCGCACAUUAUGGUAUUGUGAAUGUCUCUAGCUGAAGGGGAUUCGAAGGCCAUCUAUGAUCAGCCGACAGUGUAUCUCCACUGUAAAGACGCCAUAGUGAGACUACUGCUCCUGAGUUCGAUAAACGGGAACUAAACAGGACUGUUAAAAAUGCCAACCAUCAGCAACUGUUUCUUGAUGUGCCUUUUUCAGCUUUACCGGAACCAAAAGAAAUGUACCAAUCCGUUGUAAACUGUAUUUUGCAUUUUGGAGGUGGGUGUCCAUAUCAUUAACUCAUUGAUUUUUGUGUUCUUAAAGGAACAAGAUAUCCGUGGGCAAAACUAACAUCUUCUCAGAGUUUAAGAAGUAUCAUAUUUACUAUAUUGCAAGGAGAGAAUGAUCUAAGAGUGGCAUUCCAAGAAAUUGUAAUGGCAGAUUUUAUUUUUA